AUGUCAUUUUGUGACACUUGCAAACACGUACAGGUGAAGAAGCGGACGGAAAUCGCUGCCGCUCAGUGCCUAUCCUGGAGGCCGCCACCCUCAGGACUAGCUACACAACGAAGCACAAAGGAAGACAUGGAUUUGGUGGAAGGCAUGGCUUCACUGGAAGAAGAUUUUCUGGAAGACACGGCUUUGUUCGAAGACAUGGAUUUUCUGGAAGACGUAGCUUUGUUGGAAGACAUAGGAAGGCUGGAAAAUACAAAAAUGACAGAAGGCAUGGAUUUGUUGGAAGACGUGGAUUUUCUGGAAGACAUGGAUAUUCCGGAAGCUAUGGAUCUGAUGGAAGACAUGGCUUUUUUGGAAGACGUGGAUUUUCUGGGAGACCCGAAUUCUCCGGAAGACCUGGAUUGUUUUGGAAGACACUGAUUUGCUGGAAGACUGGAAGGUUUACGGAAGACACGAAUUUUCUGGAAGAUGUAGAUUUUUCUGGAAGACUCGAAUCUUCAGGAAGACACAUUGGCUGGAAGACCUGGAGAUUUCUGGAAGACAUGAGUUUUCUGGAAGACAUGCCUUUAUUGGAAGAGCUGGAUUUAGUGGAAGAUACAGAUUUUGUCUGGAAGACACAGCUUCACUGGAAGACUUGAGUUGGUGGAAGACAUAGGUUAUCUGGAAGACCUGGAUUUUUCUGGAAGCAUGCAUUAACUGGAAGACUUAGAUUUGGUGGAAGACAUAGAUUUUUCUGGAAGACGUGGGCUGGCUGGAAGACCUGGAUUUCUUUCUGGAAGACAGUGAACAACUA